GCUUCACACACUUGGUGAAGACGGAUGCGAACGUGAACGUCGCUGCUGGCGACUUCAGCAUCACGAAGCGGUCCAUGCCCCAUGAGGCCGCGCGCGAGGGCCCGCGGGGGCAAACGGCACCUGUUGACAGUGCAGAGCCCACCAAGGUUGAGCUUGACAGCGCUUGGAACGUGGAAAACGGUUGCUGCUUGCUCUUCUUGUUGUUGCUUCCCUCGCUCCGUCAAAUGUGGUCCUCGAUCACCAUGGAAGACGAGGCCGGAAACAGCGAGCUCCGCUGGCUCAUGUUCGAAGCGACCGCCGCAUUCUUGAUUGCUGUCAACUCGAUCGUGCUAGGGCUCGAGGUUCAGUACACAUCAGCCAACCAAGAUUCGAGCCUCCCGUACAUGACGAGCAGCAUCAUCUUCGGAAUUUGGUUCAUUUUUGAAGUGCUGGUGCGGCUAUACCAUGCUGGUCUUAUCCAAUUCUUCAUCAACGAGAGCCGUUGGUGGAAUAUUGUGGACUUCCUCCUCAUGGGAGUCAGCAUACUGGAUAUUGUUCUGCUUCUGCUGGGGGAUAGUUCGACAUCUCUCUCCAGCCUCAAGGUCUUGAAGAUGAUUCGCGUAGUUCGCCUAUUCCGAGUAUUCAGAUUCUUUCAGCAGUUGACCACGCUAGCGUUGAUGGUGGCCGAAUCCGUCAAACAGCUCAUGUGGGCUCUCUCCAUGUUCGUCCUCAUAAUGUACAUCUUCGCUAUCACGCUCACAAGCAACUGCACAGAUUGGCUGAAGGGGCAAGUUGACUUCGCAAAGCCUGACUGGGAGUCGGAUAUUGCGAGCACAACCCAGCUUGGGGUUAGGGAGGUGCACCACUUCUUCGGCAGCGUGCCAAGAAGUGCCUACACGCUUUUUCAGACGACGCUGGGGGGGAUAAGCUGGCAUGAGGUCACGGAUGCCUUGUUGUAUGUUGAUGCUCUUUCCUUCUGCCUGAUGUUCGCCUACUUGGUUUUUACCAUCUUGGCGCUUUUGAAUGUCUUCACAGGUGUAUUCGUGGAUAAUGCUGUUCAGAACUCGAAGAAGCAACGCCAGAUCCAGAUCGAGGAGGCGCUAGAGAAGAAGCGGAUGGGUUUGGAUCAAAUCAUCGAGUUUUUUGUGGCAACCGACCUGGAUGGUGAUGGGACGAUUAGCCUACAAGAAAUCCAUGAACUGCUGCAAGAUCCUGUGAUGAACGCCUAUUUCGACAUUAUUGGCUUCCGGCCAGGGGAUGCGCGGACACUGGCCGACUUGCUGGACCGCGAUGGGUCAGGUACCAUCACCUUAAACGAGUUCAUAAACGGCUGCGAGCGGAUGAAGGGCCAAGCAAAGGGGAUUGACGUUCACUUGUUACUGCUGGAGUGCCACCAGAUGCAAGAGAAGCUGGACAGACUCGACGCGGCGACGCGUGGCGUUCCCUAUCAACCAUCCUCCAAACAAUCGUUUGGCUUAAGCGACGGAACUUGUGCUUCAAAGAAGCCUUGA